AUGGCACACGCACUAAGGUCAAUGAGAGGUUACUCCUGGAGCCUCAACUACCAUAUUAUGAAAAUGCUGUUGACAACAGUCGUAAAUAAGAUCAUCACGUACGGGGAUGCAAACUGGGCGUUGCCAAUGACGGCCAGGAAAGUUCGCACUCUCAAUUCCAUCCAGCGUCCAUUCUUAACAACCUCCACCAACGCCCUACAAGUUCUGUCGGGUGUGACUCCUUUGCCACUUCAAGCUGAAAUUGAAGCACUGUUCUCCAAAGUUCUUCAUCUGAAGAAAUCUGCCAGCUACGAUGAUAUCAUCUUCAAUCCACAAGACUACGAGGAUACACCACAGAAAUACAUUAGACACCCGAGUAACUUUCUUCAUAACCUGCACUGCAACCUCAACAACCCUCCGCCAUCUACUAAAUUCACAGCAUAUACUGAUGGAUCGAAGAUAGAGGACAAAGUAGGCUGCGGAGUCAAUAUAAAUUCCGGGUUAAGUACCUACACUGAAUGGCAAGGUGUCUUCAGCAGCGUAUUCCAAGCUGAGCUUACAGCCAUUCUGAAUGCUGUCAAACUACUUCUACCAACACAUACGGACACCAUUCAUGUGAUUACUGAUAGCCAAUCAUCUAUCUGUGCCAUCAAACAACAGUUACCAAACUCACCAAUUGCAUAUCUAAUUCAGGAUUUAAUACUCAACAGCAACAACAAAUUUAUAAUAUCAUGGACUAGAGGUCAAAGCGCUUGUGCAGGAAAUGAACACGCUGACUUCUUAGCAAAAGACGCAGCUAUCCACCAAAUGGGCACUCCAAUCUCUAUCCCGUAG